UGGAGCUGGGGGGGAAAACUGAGGCGCGCGCUCUACCAGCCCUCUUCCGCCGCAGCCGCAGCCGUGGGAAUGGACACAUCUACCCACGUGCGGAAAGCCAGCCGGCCAUGACAAAGAACACCACCACUUUAACCGCAACUGUAGCACGCUCAGUCUCCUCCCUUACUGACCCUCAUCACUUCUCCUCUCAUAACCAGCUUACAACGAUGGCCUCGGCUAGUCAAGGGCACUUUGAUGCUUAUGAGGCACUGGAUCUUACAGAAUUUGCCAAAAAACAGCCUUGGUGGCGCAAGCUUUUCGGGCAGGAGAGUCGGUCUUCAGGUGAGAAGUACAGCGUGGCAACCCAGCUCCUUAUUGGAAGCGUCACUGGCUGGUGCACUGGCUUCAUAUUCCAGAAAGUUGGCAAGCUGGCUGCUACAGCAGUGGGAGGGGGCUUUUUUCUCCUCCAGCUUGCAAACCAUACUGGCUACAUCAAAGUUGACUGGAGUCGAGUAGAGAAGGACAUGAAAAAAGCCAAGGAGCAGCUGACGAUUCGGAAGAGCACCCAAAUACCAACUGAAGUCAAGAGCAAAGCUGAGGAGGUGGUGUGCUUUGUAAAGAAGAAUGUUUUAGUAACUGGAGGAUUUUUUGGAGGCUUUCUGCUCGGUAUGGCAUCCUAAGGGGUAUUGCUUCACUUCCACUGUCCACCAGCCUCAACACUCCAUCGUAGGAAAAUCCUGACUCUUCCUCCUCUUCAGGCCCUCCUCUCUGUUGUAAAUUCGAACCGCUUCCAUAGGCAUCUUGCCCAUGCAAAUUUACACAGGCUCUCCCAUGGGCUUGACAAGCAAAGGGGGAAGCUUGCUUCCCAUCCGGAGGCCAACAAGAAUGGUCCUUUUCCUGUGUGUAAAAUCUGCCCUAAAACAUCUUUAAGAUCUGUCCCUAACAGUUGAGCUGGAAGAGCGACGCACAAUUACCUUACUAUGCUCUUCAUGGAAAGGAACUGAAUAUAUCUGACUUUGAGCACGGGAAGAAAGAAAACACAGUUUUGCAAGUACCAUGCACUAGCCAGCUAUUUUAGGGGGACAGUCUCCUUACAGAAUUUUACAAGAAUAGGUUACAAGAACCUAUCUAGUUUGGUUUCCUGCAUCAGGGUCUCGUCUUCUUCAAUCAAAUAUCAUCUGGGUGAACUUUUCAUCUAGAAGCUUCAGUGGAGAAGAAUCUGCUUUCGGGCUCUUAGGUUUGGGGUACAAUUUAUAGACUUGCAACUACAGGAUUUGUUCAUAUUUGGUCCUCUGUCAGCAGAGGACAAGCUCAGCUCUGGGAGGCUAUCCACAGUUCUUCAUCCUGACUUUGCUCUCCAUACAAGUCAAAAAAACGGCAGACUUCUUUUCUUCAUGGCCAGUUGGAGAGACAGAGAGAGAGAGUAAACCCUGAGAGUCUAACACCUCUGCAGAAAGGGCAAGUGUGUGGGUGCAAUCAACGUUUCCAUUUUCUGUUGAUUAGAAAGAAAAACCAUGGGUCCAGCCCAAACUCAACACUGUGAGCGCCAGAAAACAAUGAUCUUAAAGAACAACCUUGGAAACUGUAUGCUACAUGAGAAGAAGAAACUAACUGUACUUCUCAGCCUUUGAGUAUAGGUUUAUACCUUUAAUACCAGGAUUAAAUCUUCAUAUUUCCACCAGCAGGGAAAAGAACCAACACAAAUUCAAAAUAACAAAAAAAACAAAAAACAAAAAACUAAAACCAUAGACUCCAUAGACCUGAGGAACCACUUGUUUAUAUGGCUCGUUGCAGUUUGUUUAAAUCAUGUUUAUAUUCUUUGAUUCACUUAAAAAUAAGUGUUACUUAAAAAUAGCACUCACCUGCAGGUAAAUUUGUCAAUUAGUACUUUGUACUUCAGUUAUUAAAGAAAUGGUAAAUGGAAA